AUGGGAAUCAAAAGCGUAGCUAUUUAUUCAGAAGCAGAUAGAUAUAGCAAUCAUGUAAAUAUUGCAGAUCAAGCUGUUGCAAUUGGAGGCAGUUAUCCUUCGGAAAGUUAUUUAUCGAGUGAGAAAAUUCUGGAAGUGGCCCAACAGACUGGUGCUCAAGCCAUUAUUCCUGGUUACGGUUUCUUAUCAGAAAAUGUUAAUUUUGUUGAAUGUUGCGAGAAGCACGGAUUGGUCUUUAUUGGUCCUACUGCUGAACAGAUGAAACAGUUGGGGCUUAAACAUGCGGCUAGAAAAAUCGCAGAGGAUGCUGGGAUACCAAUAAUUCCUGGAACUGGUUUAUUAGCUAAUGUGGAUGAAGCCAUUUCUGAAUCAAAACGACUUGGUUAUCCACUAAUGUUAAAAAGUACAGGUGGAGGUGGUGGUAUUGGACUGGUACAUUGUGAAAAUGAAGAGGAAUUGAUUUCUGCAUUUGAAUCCACUCGAAGACUAGUAAAGAACUUUUUUAAAGAAAAUGAAGUAUUUUUAGAACGUUAUGUGAAAGAUGGACGACAUAUUGAAGUGCAAAUCAUCGGUGACGGUCUUGGAAAUGUUUUAGCAUUAGGCGAGCGUGAUUGUUCUCUUCAACGCAGACAUCAAAAAGUUGUAGAAGAAACGCCGGCACCGAAUUUACAAUCGACGACUAGAGAAAAAAUGUUAAAUGCAGCGGUAAAACUCGCCAAAUUUGCUAAGUAUCGGUCGGUCGGAACAGUAGAGUUUCUUUACGACUCUUCAAAUGAUCAAUUUUAUUUUCUCGAAGUCAAUACCCGUUUACAAGUAGAACAUGCGAUAACAGAAAUGGUUACAGGCGUUGAUUUAGUAGAAUGGAUGAUAUUGGUUGCAUGUGAUAAAUGGCGAAUGCCAAGAGAACCAAUUAUUUCAAAAGGGGCUUCCAUUGAAGUUCGACUGUAUGCUGAAAAUCCAAUAAAAAAAUUUCAACCGUCGGCAGGAAUAUUAACAGAAGUCAGAUUUCCGGAUAAUAUUCGUGUAGACACCUGGGUAGAAACUGGAACAGAAAUUUCUACAUAUUAUGAUCCGAUGUUAGCCAAACUUAUCGUAUAUGGAACCGAUAGGGAUGAUGCUCUUACCAAACUUCACGUAGCACUCGAUAAUACAAGUGUAGCCGGAAUUGUCACAAAUCUUGAUUAUUUACGUGCAAUUACUAAAGCAUCAUUUUUUCGAACUGGCAAAGUUACUACCGACAUCUUAUCAACAUUUAGCUAUUCAUCAACAAUCAUCGAAGUAAUAAAGCCUGGUAAUUACACCACGGUUCAAGAUUAUCCGGGACGAAUCGGUUAUUGGGACGUUGGCGUUCCACCUUCGGGACCAAUGGAUCAUUAUGCUUUUCGAAUUGCGAACAGAAUAGUUGGCAAUUCUCCUCUCGCAGCAGCAUUGGAAUUUACUCUCAUCGGUCCAAAACUACGGUUUUACAGCAAAACAAUUAUUGGAAUUACCGGCCCAAAUUCUCACGCAACAUUGGAUGGAAUAGCGAUUAAACCUUGGAUACCAGUCGAGGUUUCACCAGGACAAAUCUUAGAAUUCGGCAAUGUAGAAACCGGUUGUAGAGGAUAUUUGGCUGUUCGCAAUGGAUUAGAUGUCCCUCUGUAUUUGGGAAGCCGAUCGACAUUUGUAAUGGGACAGUUUGGCGGACAUGCCGGUAGGCAGUUGUGCGCUUCGGAUAUGAUUGCAAUCAGUCAACCAGACCUUGCUGCUUGCACCACUCCACCACCGUUGUUCGAUCCAUUACCCACACCACUACCACUAAUUCCGACUUAUUCUGAUCACUGGGAAAUUGGUGUUCUAUAUGGUCCGCAUGGUGCACCCGACUUUUUUCAACAAACCUAUAUCAAUACCUUUUUUACUACUGACUGGAAGGUUCAUUACCAUUCUGAUCGUGUUGGUAUACGACUCAUGGGCCCAAAACCAAUUUGGACACGAUCUGACGGUGGUGAAGGCGGUUUACAUCCAUCCAAUAUUCAUGAUUGUGAAUAUGCCAUCGGAACAAUUAAUUUUACGGGAGAUACACCUAUUAUUCUUGCUCUUGAUGGUCCGAGCCUUGGCGGUUUUGUUUGUCCGGCUACUAUUAUACAAGCAGAAAUUUGGAAAAUAGGUCAGCUUAAGUCUGGUGACAAAGUCCGGUUUCGAUGCUUAAAUUUUAAUACAGCUUUAAAUUUGGAAAUGGCUAUGGAUCGCGCUAUUGAAAACUUUGAAGAUAAAAUUGAAGCUCAAGAGAGUCCAUUAUCAUCGUACACCAAUUCAGAAUGUAUAUUAGCUAAAUUACCGUCAGCAAUAACAUGUCCUGAAGUUGUUUACCGUCAAGCAGGAGAUAAGUAUAUAUUAAUCGAAUAUGGUCCUAAUGUAUUAGAUUUUAAACUUAGAUUACGAGUUCAUAGCUUAAUGGAAGCAUUAAACAAAAAUACUAUAUCUGGAAUUAUUGAACUCUCACCAGGCGUUCGUUCUCUUCAAAUUCAUUAUGAUGGAAGAACAAUUCAUCAGAAAGAGUUGGUACAAAUUUUACUAAAGAUUGAAGCUGAAUUACCUUCAGUAGAGCAAAUAGUUGUUCCAAGUAGAAUUGUCCAUAUGCCAUUAGCUUUUGAAGAUAAAGGUUCGUACGAGGCAAUUAAUCGUUAUCGGUCAUCGGUUCGGAAUACAGCUCCUUGGUUACCGAGUAAUAUCGAAUUUAUUCGUCGGAUAAAUGGAUUGAAGGAUCAGAAUGAUGUUAAAAAAAUAGUAUUUGAAACAAGUUAUAUUGUUUUCGGAUUGGGUGAUGUGUA